AUGGAUCAGAUUAAAUCGCAACAUGAAGCACGUUUGAAGCGUCAUGCUGAUAAUUUUCAAUAUGUGGUUAAGGACCUAAGGGAAGUUGCUAAAGAAUUUCAUAUUCUGUUCGUCGAAGAGGUUCAGAAAGUUGAGAAGGUUGUCAAGCUCCAAACCGAGGCAAUCAAAAUAGAUAUGUCAAAUGAAAUUGCUAAACUUGAUCAGAAUUACUCAACCCUUCAUUAUAAGGUUGAUGUAAUUGUUGAUGUAGUUACGAAGGAUGUUGAGUUUUACAAUUGUCUCAACAUUGAGGUAGAUUCAAAGACAGCAUAUGAUUCCAAGGUCUUUGCUAAGUUGGAAGAGUUUUUGGGGAGCUUGAAGGAAUCACUUUCGAAGAUUAAUGUUUCUCCUUCAUCUUCGGUUUCUAUGGAGUCUCUUUCAAAGAUUUCGACCUUGCCCCUCUUCUGA